AACAGUAAAAGCAUUAACAAAUUACUUUCAAUGUAACUCCUGAAGAUACAGUAAUAUUACAGACUUGUUAAAUAUACAGCAAUAUAUGUCUAGAUUUUGUAACGAUUAAAUUUUACAGCAUGUGUGUGAAAACAAACCUGGACAGAGACAAAAGGAUCUAGGGGAAAAAAUUCUAUUUUCUUAAGGCACUCCAUGGAAUUAUUCAUGUUUUAUGGUAAAUUAAAUCUAAAGAGAGCAGACAAAAAUGUAUUUUUUCAUUUAUUCACGGCGGAAUAAAAGGGAAACAUGAAAACAAUCGGCAGGAAAAUAAUGCAGUGGUAUUGCCACAUUAAUAUAUUAAACAUAAUGCUAUCCUUCCUGACUUCUUUAUAGCCCAUUCGAUCAAGAUAAAGGAUAAGGAUUAUCUGUAGCGCAAUCUUAUGAUAUCAAAUUAUUUGUAGGUACUUCCCAUAAUUUUAAUCACAGUAGGCUUGUUCUGAAAAAGGUGGACAGUUCUGGCAAAAGAACAAUGACCAAGGUAUACAUUGGGUUUUCAUUGCAGUCUAAUGAAUUCAGUAAUUAAUGAAUCUCACUUCAUAUAAAAGAAAUACUCUCCUACAUCACAGUUUUAAGUGUGCAAAGCUGAUUAUAAUUGUGACUGAAGAAUUAUGUUAGUGCCUAUUAAAGCUUUGCUGUUUUGCUAACUGAAUGAGCUAAUAUUACUGGUGUUGCUCAGGAGAUUUGACCCACGGGAGCAUACGUGUUGCAUCAAGCGACACACAGCUUUCAAACAAGCCCAAGUAACCACAAGGGAGUCAAUAAAGGAUCUCCGUCUGUUCCUCCACAAUACCAUACCACUCUCCCUGUGGACAAUUAACUUCACAUAAACCACUGUGCACAGCACACACACACACAUAUAUAUAUAUAUAUAUAUAUACAGACAACCACACACAGAAAUUCAUUAUGCAUGGAUCUCUUGAUCAAAAACCUUGUCCUCGCAACACUACAUGUGUUUCGGAGAAAGAACGAACUUCAAAUGAUCUACAGUGCAGGGUAUUCUGGGAGCAUGGACUGCAAGGUUUGGGCCUAAUUUUAACAAGUGUCCCUGAAGACCGGCCCCUAUAAAAGCUUUGGAAAAAAGAAGAUAGGCGAGCGUACAAAUACAAGGAGGUUGGCAGAAGUGUCUCCAACAGAUGUAAUCAGCACUGAGAAACAGGACUGUCAAAACAACUCGCAAGUUUCCGAAGGCUAUGAAAUCCGACAGAUUUCUUUGAGACUCAGUCACUAGUAAGUGAAUUUUUUCUUUUAUACAUUUUUUGGUAUACAAAUGAGAACGUGUGUAGCCUUUACAUUGAACAUUAUUACAAUAAAAUUUGAUCAAAGUGGUACAUUCGUUCUUAAAACAGAACUUUAACAAACCAGGCUCCGUUUAAAAAAAAAGUUAAGACCAAAUCUACCAUAUAUAAUUUCAAAUAACAGUUCAGAAUAGGCAAGUGCCAUUUUGAGGUUAAGAUCAUCAAUAACUCUUAAAUGUUCUGCAAAGUUUAGGUGUGGUAAUGAAUCGCUGGAGGCAGUCAGUGGUGGAAAUCCAAACCAGAAAGAGGCAGGUGAUCGAAUGCGAGAAGGCACAGGCCGCCCUGAGCAAAGUGACAGCUUGCUUCCAGCAAAUGGCCACCUCUUUGGGGAGCAACACGGAUGGGAGCUUUCUUAGAGAGGAGCUGGAGGAAACCAGGACAGUAGCUUAUAAAAUAUGCUCAGGGCUUCACCGGAGGCUGCUAAGUCUGCUGAUAGAAAUGGAGCAAGGACAAGAGGACAAAGAACAAGUUGAACGACAUUGGGUGAUCUUCUUGUCCAGCUUGGAAAACUUCCAGCAGGACCUAAAGAAGGUCAAAGUCUUACAAGAGAUCUUCCCCCUGACCCAGCGCAAAGAUCGACAAGCCCUCGUCAACGCAGGUUACGUGGGUGGAACUUCGGAAGUAGCAGCUCGAGCGGCCAUGGUGCAAACACCAUGGUUAUCAUUAGAGGAGACCGCAAGCCCAGACCUGAAGAACCACAUAGCGGAGAUUGAUAUGCUGCUUGAAGAAAUGUUUCAAAGAGUUAACGUUCCACUGUGGUCUGUCGAGCCCACACAAGAAGCCUGGGUAGAAGGCGCUUCAACCCAAGAUGGUGGGCAAGAGGAUGAAAGCUUGGAGGACAUCAUGGAAGUGGAGGUGGUGUCUCAAAAUAACACAUCGGGAUGUUGCAAUCAUCACAACUGCAAAGUAGGCUGUCUACUAUGUCUGCUUAGCUAAGUUCUGAAACUGGGUUAAAUAGAAGGUUUGAAUUAGAGACAUGCAUUCUGCAAUAAGUUAAAAUUCCUAAUUAUUGCUUUCUGUAAACCUUUUCAAGACAGAACAUUUUGCAAAC